AUGGUUUCUUCAAUGUUACCACAGCCAGCAAUUCUUAUUCCCGAAGCUGUUCAUCCACCAAUACCAGGCGAAAGCCACAGAUAUUAUGGAAACAUUCACGUAAAACAAGUAAAACUUCCGUCGACCUCUCUGACCCCAAGUUACCAACAACGACAGUCUAAAAAAGAGGACUUCUCAAAUGACGCAGAACUGACCAUACAUGACGCAACUGCUUCCGGUAACCUGGCGCGAGUACAAGAAUUGUUGGAUCCACAAGGUGUCGCAGAAACUUCGCUUUCUUUUUUGAUUGCUAACGAGGCGAACCAGUCAUCUGGGCUGACGCCGCUGCACUAUGCUGCUUCAAGAGGGCAUUUGGAUAUUGUAAAGUAUUUGAUUGAUACGGCAGGGGCAAUGAUUGAUAUUGAAGAUUCUACAGGAGAGACUGCGCUAUUAAAAGCUUCUUAUAUUGGUCAUACCCAUGUAGUCGCAUUUCUUCUUCAAAGUAAAGCAAAAGUCGAUCAAGUCGACAAUGACGGAUGGACAGCGCUUCAUAACGCUUCAUCACAAGGCCAUACAAAAAUCGUAAAAUAUCUUUUUGAACACGGCGGCGCAGAUGUAGAUGUAGAUGUAAAGAAUUCAAAAGGAUAUACACCAUUAAUGAAUGCCGCAUCGAAAGGUCAUCUUGACAUAGUAAGAUACCUAUUAAGCCAUAGGGCUAACCCGCUCAUCAAAAAUAAUUUUGGAGAAACUGCGUAUGAUGUGGCGGCUACUAGUCACGAAGUUUAUAUUUGUGAAAUCCUUGAAAAAGCCGAACGUGAUUGGUGGAAGCGCAAACUUCCUAUUCCAAAGCCCACUUCCUUCGGAGAACUUAUAGCCAAUCCAGCAAUGAACCAACCAUACGAUGUUCUCGCAUUCCAUGUCUCUGUCCCCGUGGUACUUCACGAAAAUCAACGGGCAUCUAAUGCAUUUCCCAUUCUUCGUGGACCUGCAAAAUAUUCGCCUCUAGUUAAGGGUGACUCGCGAGGACCUUGGUCUGAUCUUAGUGGUAUACCAACCACGAAAGAAGAUGUCCAAUUACCAAUGAGUUUUAUUUCGUCAGCAGCUUCAGUUGUAUCGAAUUCAACUUCGUCAAAGCAGCAAAAAUUAUGGUUUUGGUUUUCAGAUUGGCAGAUUGAUUUCUCGCACCCGCGUGUCGAUCCGCAGGGUUGGCAAUAUGCGCGAAGUUUUGAUGAGCUGGAUCUAAUGUGGAUUGCGGCACCACCCACCAGCAGUAGUAGUUGGGUGAGACGACGAAGAUGGAUUCGUGUAAUGAAACGUAAACUUGACUUUAAGGAGACUAGUGUCUAUCCUUCCCUACUUCAGCCAAUUAAAGUCUAUGAAAAUCAUGACGAUUCCACUAAUUAUGUAAAGAUAGCGGAAGAUGCUUUGAAUAAAGGAAAUGGCAAAGGCAAAGCUGUUAGUGGUCCUGUUUCUGUUCAAGAUGAAUUAACUCGUCAUCAAGAAGCAAUUAGCAUUUUGCUCAAAGGCAUAAAGUCUGACACGAAUCCACAGCGUAAGCAAGAAGCCAGUUCACUAGUGACUACAAUCCUCACACACGCAGAAUAUCUCGAAAACUUAAUUAGAGAUACUCCAGAUGGACAAACGAGUCCAACAUCAAAAGAUUCAUCAUCUCCUUCACUGAGUAGAUCUACUAGUAGCACUAUAAAUCUGACAAAUAUUCGCGCAGAUUCAACUUCAAGUCUUAGCAGUUUUCAGACUAUUGAUGAUCCUUCAUGGACUACAUCAAGUCCAAAUAUGGAUACACGUAAUCCAAUCUUCUCAGGAUCAGCAUUAUUACAAGCAGGAGCCGUGACGGGUAUUAGUAAAUUAAAUGCGUCCGCGACUCCAAGCUCUGGUGCUACUUGGGAACAUGAUGGAGAUGUUCAUGAUUGUCGUCGAUGCCACAGAAAGUUUGGUCUGUGGAUUAGAAGGCAUCACUGCAGAAAAUGUGGUCAAGUCGUAUGUGAUCGAUGCUCUACAGCACGCGUAGAAUUGCUUCCUACACAACUUUUAUCUGAUCCAUCCGGAAGUGCUGCCGACUCAAAUUCCAACCAAAACUCACAGUACCAUCGAGUCUGCGAUUCAUGUUACGCAUUGAUGGGGAACUCAGCGCGACAAAGAUCUAACGGUAUAACCGCCGCGUCGAUUAUCUCAGGGGCUUCAUUUAUGAAUAAUCAUCAACGACGACCAAGCACUAGUUCAAUGAGCCAAUGCCCGGCUUGCUCUGUGCAACUGAGUAAUGUGCCCGGUGGACAAGACGAACAUCUUAGAACGUGUUUGGAUAAUAAAAAUGGAAUUAGCAGUUUAAAAUAUGUGGAAUUAAACGAACGGGCUCUACUAAAACACAUGAAUUGUCUAUCAUCAAUUAUGGGUCUUCCUCCAAAUACACGGCUCAAAUUCGACUUCAUCCUUCCCAUCUUCGAUAUUGUUCGUAUCGAUGUAAUAAUAACUUUUGUCGAUAUGAAUGAAUCUCCUUUAAUACAAAUCGCCUCUGAUGCUUCUGCUUUCGGUCUGCAUCAAACUCACACUCACAAAUAUACAUCCACAGUCUACAAGCUCCCCUCAAACAAUCCAAUCAUUGGCCAAGAAUGUCCAAUCUGUUUCGAAGAGUUUCUUUCCG